AAUUAAAAGCAUAGAAAAAGAAGAAACGUUGAAAUGAAGAAAUAGAGAAGUGAAGCAGAGUGUGAGAGAGAGAGAGAGAGAUGGCAGGGCGAGGGAGGUAUUGUUACAAGGAUGUGCUUCCAUUCACGGCGUUGGUCGCAGUAGAGUGCACCAACGUUGGUGUCAACGUUCUCUUCAAAGCAGCAACUGAGAAGGGGUUGAGUUAUUAUGCCUUCAUCGCUUAUUCAUUUGCCUUCUCCACUCUCUUUCUCCUUUUGCCUCUGCCCUUCGUCUUCCGAUGGUCAAGAGGGCUUCCUCCACUCAACCUCUCUCUCAUCUUCGCAAUUUUUCUCCUUGGAGUAAUUGGGCUUGUGGCCCAGCUUUGUGGAUAUCGAGGACUUCAAUACACUUCGCCCACUCUCGCCUCUGCUCUCAGCAACCUUAUACCGGCUUUCACCUUCGUAUUAGCUAUCAUUUUCAGGAUGGAGAAGGUAGUUUGGGGAAGCUCAGGUACUCGGGCCAAAAUCAUGGGUUCAUUGGUAUCCAUAUUAGGUGCACUCGUAGUUGUCCUCUAUAAGGGUCCCAUAGUCUUAUCAACUUCAUCUACACAACCAUCACUUACCGUUGAUUCUCCAAUGGCCUCAACAUCACAAAUGAAUUGGAUUGUUGGUGGAUCUCUACUAGCCAUUGAGUUUCUUUUGGUCCCAAUCUGGUAUAUUAUUCAGACCAAGAUAAUGAAACAAUACCCAGCAGAAUUUAUUGUGGUCUUCUUGUACAACCUGAGUGGGACUCUCAUAUCUGCACCAGUAUGCUUACUAUUAGAAGCGAAUCUGAGUGCUUGGAAGAUAAAUCCUGAUAUUACAUUAAUCGCCAUCAUAUAUUCGGGGUUCUUUUGCACGGGCCUAAGUAGUUUGGUUCACACUUGGGGCCUUCAUCUUAAAGGCCCAAUGUAUAUAUCAAUCUUUAAGCCCUUGUCCAUAGCCAUUGCUGCCGCUUUAAGUGUCAUAUUCCUCGGUGAUGCACUGUAUUUUGGAACUGUUGUUGGAGCAGUGAUACUCUCAUUUGGGUUUUAUGCUGUUGUAUGGGGGAAAGCAAAAGAAGAAGAAUUGAGUGAGGACUUAGACAUACGUCCUCCAUCGAGUAGUACGAAUCCUUUGUUGCAGAGCUACAAAGUGAAAGAUAACGAAGAGAUCACGUAUAAUGAUUCUUGAUAAAUUAUCAACUUAUGAUUUGCAACAUUGCUUUAUGAUUUACACCCAGAAUUAGUUUCAUAGUCAACUCAACAGACUAAAGUUUGUAGAAAAGUAAAAGCUCCUAAUUAGCAGGAGAACAAAAAAAAAAAAAUAGGGAUGUUACAGAAUCUUCAUGUGGCUGGUUA